UAGGUACCAACAUGGCGGAAAGUAGCAGUAAUCGAGUUUUCAGUUUGGUGCGUUCGCUUGAAUAUUUCUCGCCCUCCUACAGGCUUUUGAACCGUCAGCAUAUGAAUCAUUCUGGAAAAUGAUGAAUGUUGACCUCAUAGAUAUAGAUGAUAGGAUUAAGGGAACUGACUGGAGAGGGACAAAGUAUACUGUUUCUCAGGAUGGUUUGUGUCCUCGCUGUGGGAAUUCAAACAGGCUCUAUGUCAUACUGGAUAAAUUGUUUCCUAUGGGGGAUAUGCCUGAAAUUCUGCACUCCCUGAUAGCCAAAGGAAGAGCUAUUCUGUGGUCAAGUCAAGAAAAAGAAGGAUAUCAGGAUCCACCAACUUUCCUAUGCCGAGGAUUCUGCCCCCCUGAUCCUUUGGGUGCUGGGUUUAAUGUGAACUGGAGCAAUGUUUCCUUGCGCCAAAUUUUGGAGUCUCUAGACAAUCCAAUGCAGGUGUGUAGCAAGUCACAAGCAUUUAAACCUGUAUCAGGCCCAGAUGAGAGCCGCUUUCGAGGUUCCAGUCAAAGUGAAUCAUCAGAUAACACUUUAUAUGUUUUGGAUGAGUUACGAGGCCAAAAAAGUCAUGAAAAAGGAAAUGCUUCUCAAACCUCAACAAUGCAAAGUUCAUCAGACAAAGAGGACGAAACCGAAGAAGAUGAUGAGGAUGAGGAGGAUGACAUUGAUGAAGAAGAACUCAUCAAACAAAUGCUUGCUAAAGAAGAGUUAAAACUGUCCCAACAGAACAACAGUGAAGAUGAAGAUGAAGAUGCAGCAGACCAUGCAGAUCAUGAGGAUGAUGACAAACACAAGGAAGCUUCUUCUGUUGUGUCUGAUUCAGACAAUUUUUCAGAACCUAGUACAUCAUCAAGCAAUUUGAUAAGAAGCUCAGUGGUCAAUGUGCCAGCAUCAACAGCCACUGCAACAUCCACUACAACAACUAGUAACAAAGCACCAUCAACAGACGCUAGCAGCUAUCCUGUGUCAUCCAAUGGGCGUUGCCCUUACUGUGACUCUUCAGAUGUUAAAUACAUCAUCAUGGUGUCAGAAAACACCAAAGAUACUGAUCUACCUCAAAGUCUUCAACAGUUGCUCAAAAGAAAUCAGGCUUUUAAAAUGGCUAAAGGUGACAGUGAACCACCAUCUUUUCAGUGCCAGAAAUGUCAGUAUGGUUUCAACCUGAAUUGGUCCACGACAAACCUUGAACUCAUCUUUGGACUGCCACCUACCACAUCUUCAUCCGCCACAGCCACGACAGCUAAACCUACCUCAAACAAAUCCACCAAACAAACCGCUGUAACCUUCAAACAACCUCCUAGAUACCCAUCCUACCCUCCUCCCAUGGGGCUUCCUCCAACAAGGUACCCACCACCUAUUGGGAUUCCUCCACCAGUUCCUUACCAUGGCUACACACCAGCAUAUCCCAGUUAUUAUGGAUCGUACUAUCCCCCACCUUCCAUUCCGCCACCACCAGUUGGAACCUAUCCUUUUUCCCCACCAGCUGCACCGCAGUCAACAAUUCCCCCUCCUGGUAUUUCACCCCUUGGGAUAUUUCCACCUGGUGUUCCACCCCCAGGGGUUCUGCCUCCUGGAAUUCUUCCCCCUGGGAUACCACCUCCAAGUUUACCACUCCCUGGGGUACUUCGUGCUAUUCCACCCCCUGGGGUUCCCCCUCCAGGUUAUCCCACACCAGCCAUUACUCCAGUGCCCUCUGCAGGUGCAUGGGGAAAUUACCCUUACCAUACUCCCUCCCGUUACCCACCUCCCCCAUCUACAAAGUAUGGUCCAACUCCUGUGGCAAGACCACAUCAUUCAGCACCAACGCAAGCCACACCUCCCGCGCCUUGGUCGCAGCUUCCAGUGACUGCAGCAAUAUCAGCCACAUCAGUUCCAGCUCAACAGGAUCCGAGUUCCGAGCAGGAUACUGCAGAGGAUAAUAGUAAAGUAGCAGCUGCCCGAUUUGAGAUGGUUUUGAACCAGAUUGACCGAGCAAAAGCCCGUGUUCGUCAUGAGAAAGAACACCAGAAGAAAGAGAUCCAGAAGGAACAUCUAACAGUCAGUCAGCAGUAUAUAACAGAGCCUAAUGCACUCAGCGAUGAAGGACAACAGAUGGUCGAUUAUGAUGAAAAGCCUCCUGGUGAAGAAGACGCAGAUUUUGAAUCUAAUGUCAUCAUUACUGCGUCUGAAGACAAAAACUUGUUUGGUCAUGAAGAAGUAGACACCCCUACCUCUGAACAGUCCGUGGUGGCGUCACAAGAGAUCUUAAGUGAUAGCGUAGAAUCAGUAAUUGUAGGACAGCAAGAUGACCAAGAUAAUGGCCAGUUGUUGGAGAGUAGCGAGAAUGAACACAACUCUACCAGCGAUAUCAACAAUCAUGAUGCUGAUAGCGUUUUGCCAGAAACGAUGAAAGACCCUAAAGUAACAGUUUCCACCGAAGGUGUACGUUCUGUACUCUCCGAAAAGGAGGAUGGGUCACUCGGUAUGCAACCCGCUCGAAGCAAACGUACCCGGCAAUCUCGGAGGUCCAUAAGACCCGAACCAGCUACUUCAACAGAGGAUACCGAUUCUACAGUAACCGAGGAAGAAACUCCAGCAGUUACUGGAAGGGCGAGAAGGUCCCGAAUGAGUGGAGCACCAAGCACAAUAGCCGAGAACCUGGACAUUCAAGAUGUUCAAGACAGAGAGUCUAGAGGAGGAAUGGAUGUGAGCGACAUUGAUAAGGCUGAAUCAUCAGAUAUAUUGAGUCAGGGCAGUGCUGCUCCGGAGACCGGAAGUGACUCCCAGGAAGGGCUAAGUGAAAGUUUGGUUUCUUCUUCAGAGACAGAGACUGCCCCGGCAGGUCCACGGCAAGGGAAAGUGGGACGGGGAAGAAAACGAAAACAGGAAAGCACUGAAAUGGAAGGAGUGGUCCCUCGGCCACCAACGAGGAAGACGCGAAGGGAAGCAGCAGAGACGGAAGGUUCAGUGUUCACGGAAAGGGUCAGUGAAGGAAGCAAGAAUGUAGAGUACGAGAACAUUUCCAUGGAGACUCCUGUUGUCAUUAGCCAGGAGGAGGGAAAAAAAGUGGUUUCUGAAAGUCCUAAGAUAGAAACCUCACCUGAAAUAGAAGGAAACGGGAAGUCUGGUAUACUCACCAACAGACGACAAACACGGAAAUCUGCGCAAAAAUCACAAGAACCAGAGGUACCACAGGGAAGCAUAACAUCUCGUCAAGUAGAAGCAUCUUCCAAUAUAGCGGAAGAGGAUGAAGCAAUGGACGUUGGCAGCAACCGAAGAAGUCGUAGAUCAGCCCCAAGAAAUAUCUCACAGCGAACUAAUAAACCUUCCGUCAAGAGACAAACACGUACCUCUUUGCAAUUAACCUCAAAAGACUCUGACUUGGCGGAUACCGAGCAUGUUGUCUUCAAUGAUAAAGCGUCAGAACGUGACAGUCGAGGAGACGAUGAAACACCCGCGAACGAGCAGUCAUCGGCUGAACAGAAAAACGUCGUAGCAGAUAGGUCCCGUGAAGACGAAGGGACGAAAUCUUCGGUAUCAACCGAAGAUGCUUUGGUUAAUACUGUUAUAGACAUUCUCUCGUCUCGGGAAUCCGAUAGUUUGACAACUGAGGAAGUCUCUGGUAGGUUUCAAACAAAAUCUCACGACACUCCUGUGGUACCUAAGGUUAAAACACCUAACUCUGAUACGUCUAACGGCGAAGAAGCUGAAAAGACACCUAAAACUCGAAAAUCACGGAAAUCUUUGGAUGUAAAAGAAGUUCAGUUGUCCCCUGAUCCCGUCACGGCGGUGGGCACACUUUCUUCUCGUCGAUCACAGAGAAAGAAAUCCACGCCUUCACUUCCAGAGGCUACUACACUUUUGCAGGACUCUGCGAAAAAUUUUGAAGACGAGGAACACAUUGAAGAUGAAGAAUCUUUAGCGUCCCCUAAAAAGGUUUCUAGAAAAACUGCCCCUAUGAAAUCAACAGAGACUGUUACUAAAAGAGUUACAAGAAGUCGACAGAAAAAGUGAUUAAACCUGGAAGCGCCUUAAGGCUCGUUGUUUCUAGUGUUGUUGUUGUUGUCUUUUUUCUUUUUUGAAUAACUUCUGGGAGUUUUCAAUCAUUACGUAAACCCGUACUGAAGAUACACAUAGUUAAGAAACAGGCUUCAGUUCCACUCUUCAAUUCGCCAGAAAAGGUUGUUCUUCGAGAAUUGCAUGAAAUCAUGAAAUGCUGAUUUACUGCUCUUUGUUUCGGUGAUGA